AAAAAAUGAGGAUUUUCCGUACUUUAGUGAAGGGAACCGUCGGAACUUGUGUAGUUUUCACGUUUUUCGACGUUGUCGGCCAUCCCGCACAGGUUGUUGGUAAUUCAAUGCAGCCGACACUUCAAGGCGGCGAUGCUCGUUGGUAUAAACGUGAUAUUGUCUGGUUAUCCACGUGGAAUCUCUACAAAUGCUCGCCGGGAACUAUUUUGACAUUUGUAUCGCCUCGAGACCCAGACGCAGUGCACAUAAAACGCGUGACCGCCGUCGAAAAUGCGAUUGUUCGCCCUGAGAAACGUCCCGAACUGAUUACCGACAUCCCAAAGGGACAUUAUUGGAUGGAAGGGGAUAAUCCUGAACAUCGACACGAUAGCAAUGUUUAUGGACCUGUAAGCACAUCACUAGUCAAAGGACGUGCCACGCACAUUAUUUGGCCUCCAAAUCGUUGGCAGAGACUCUCCAAAUAAUAUAAGUAUCGAUUUUUUUUAUAAAAAAGGUUUAUUGGAAAAAAAAUAACUGAAAAA